GGCCGCUUGUUUACGUGUUGCAGUACGAGUAUUUUAAUUAUUUUAAAAAUUGUAUAUUUAAAUAAGCCACAAACACUGAACAUGACAAAUCUACAACGUUGGCUAUUCUAUGCUGCGCUCUUCGCGGUGCCUUAUUUAGCCAUUGUGCUGGGCACAGUGCAAACGGCGGUAACAACAAAAUACUUGCUUUAUAUUCAACUGCUGCCACUGCUGCUGUUAGUUCUGUUUGGGAUUUAUUCCGUGUGGACUGUGCUGUAUCGUACAUUUACGUUUAACGACUGUCCCGAAGCAGCUAAGGAAUUGCAGGCGGAGAUAUUGGAGGCUCGCAAAGAUCUGAUUGCAAAGGGAUUCAAGUUUCGCGACUGAUGCCACAGAAAGUGCUUUUAAUUAGACAGUCUUGUUUAUGUACAUACUUGCAAAACAUAUAUUUUAAUUUGUAAUUCCAUUAAAUAUAAAGAAAAAUCUGUGU